CGAACUUCACAACCAAAUCCAUUUCUUCCUUCAUCACUGCCUCCCUCGCUGUCUGGUACAUCACCAUAUCCAUCACCAGCACCUAGUCUAGGUAGGCGGCACCAGGAAGCUACCAACUAGGUACCCAGGUGACAGCACCAACACCACAACACACGAUAUAUCCAAAACCAACUUUUUUCAACCCAGGACUAUACUGAUCAUCGAUACCGCAAGCAAAAAUGCAACCAUUCCUCUCCGGAGAAACAACUCUCGCCCUCCUCCUCACCCUCUUGACCCUCCUCCUCUUUGCCGCAGCUGGCGAUGAACAUCCAUACGAACCGUCCCAUCAUAACUUUUCCGCUCGUGUCGAGAAGCAACGGUCAAGUGUGGAACUUGACACCCGACCACCAGUACAAGUGGAGGAGUUGACUAUCAGAUUGGAUGCCCUACAACAUGAACAUCAAAGUGGGGAGAGUGGAAAUGUUGAGCGGGGAGAAAGUAGGACAGAGGUUGUCAAACGGAGUAUCCAUAAAGCACCACGUAACUCGAAACCCUCAUCAUACCUCCCGUCUCGCCUCCGGCCUCGCAACUUGCAGAUCCUUGCGGCGUUGCUAAGUCACCAGAGCUUAUAUACGAUGAUAAAUAUGCCGGUGCUCAAGUCUGACUUGAGUUGGUUACUUGGGGGGUUGGGGUUGCCUUUGGUGAGAACGGUGCGAGGGCAGUCGCUGCGGUCAUUGCAUUGUCAACGGAAGGUGAAAAUUGGUGGUAAUGAGGGGGUAGUUGGACAGUGGCAACGGGAAAGUCGUGGUGAGGAGCCUGAUGAACUUCAACUUCAGGGUUUGAGAAAUGUCGGUGGGAGAGUGGUCGAGGUUGGUGAUUAAAGCUCCGGUUAAGGGAGCCCAGUAACGAGUGGAGAGUGAGGCGAAAACUGGUAGUGAUCCACCCCCAUGGUCUGUCAAAUCCUUGAUCGUCGUUGUUGAAUCCGUGCCCUUAAGAUUACCUUUCCGAUGGU